AUGAGGGCCAUUAAGAGGGUGUUGUGGCCAAUGUCAGAACAACCUUGCAGCUGAAGGCAAGUCACUGCGUUUACCUAAAGCCAUAUGAAUAGGUCUUGUGACUGAUUAAUUGACUACUACAUAAUCUCCAGCUAGGGAGCGCAGAUGGGGUGAGUCAUUCCAAGCUGCUCAACCUGUUGAGUGUUUUUGUCUUUAGCUAACCAGAGUACAAGCUUAGGAACAAAAGUAGGAAGUGGGAUUUGGACUGGUCUAUGUUUAUUAUGGGGCUGCUGAGAGCAAGUUUUAUAACUUGGAUGGAUGCAUCUGACUUCCUAAGUCGUUAAGGGCUUAAUUUACGUAACAAAUGAAUGUUCCUUUUUUUCCCCUGACUUUUGAAAGAGGAAAUUAGGAGGCUGCUGCCAAGUAGUUUGUCUCACUGCUGUGUAGGGAGUGAACAAUUACUCAGAGCUGCUGGUCACAGCGGAAUAUCCCUUAAAUGACAAAGGACCUUCCAAAAUUGUGUCCAAGUCCAUGUUGAUGGUCAGGAUAAACCGGAAGAACGUGAAACCGCUCAAGGCAUGUGUGGUGGCACGGCGAAGACCACAAACCGGCCAGGGGCCUGGCAGGAGUCGGCCAGAUGUGUGAGUGAUGCCAUGUCUGGCGCUGGGAGGACUUACAAGACGUUCUUGUGCAAAAAUCUGCGAAAACGUGCCAGGGUAGGAAGGGACACCGGUCACACCACGGAACUCCACAGCAGUUGGUCAUGCUCAGAGUCUGACCUGAACGAGAUUCGCCUGAUUGUCUACCAGGACUGCGAGAGGAGGGGCCGACAAGUCUUGUUUGAUUCUAAAGCUGUUCACAGGAUUGAAGAGGCGGCUCAGAGCACGGAGGAUGUCCCCAUGAAAAUGUCAGCCAAGUGCUGUCAGGGAAGCGGCAUCGUGAACAGCAGCGUCAGCAGCAGCAGCAGCAGCCUCUCUUCCCAGAGUUCUUCUGGGGGAUCUUUACAACACGCUAAGGAGCAGCUCCCAAAGUACCAGUACACAAGACCAGCUUCUGAUGUCAACAUGCUGGGGGAAAUGAUGUUUGGCUCAGUGGCAAUGAGUUACAAAGGCCCCACCUUAAAGAUACACUAUAUACGUUCUCCUCCACAACUGAUGAUUAGUAAAGUCUUCUCUGCUAGAAUGGGCAGCUUCUGUGGGAGUACAAAUAACUUGCAAGACAGCUUUGAAUACAUCAACCAAGAUCCUAAUUUGGGAAAACUGAACACAAAUCAGAAUAGCUUGGGUCCUUGUCGUACUGGAAGUAACCUAGGUCUGCUGCUGGCCUGCAGCAGCAAAUUGCUGCAGGGGGUGGCUGAAGGAGGACCUCUCCGGCUCACCCGGAGUGCUUCUUUCUUUGCAGCACACAGCACACCAGUUGACAUGCCAAGCAGAGGACAAAAUGAAGACAGAGACAGUGGCAUUGCUCGAUCAGCCUCACUAAGCAGCCUUCUGAUCACACCUUUCCCGUCUCCAAGCUCCUCCACGUCCUCUUCCAGCAGUUACCAGCGCCGCUGGCUUCGAAGUCAGACAACAAGUUUGGAGAACGGCAUCAUUCCAAGGAGGUCAACUGACGAGACGUUUAGCUUGGCUGAAGAGACCUGUAGUUCUAACCCAGCCAUAGUUCGGAGGAAGAAAAUUGCCAUCAGCAUCAUCUUUUCCCUGUGUGAGAAAGAAGAAGCACAAAGGAAUUUCCAGGACUUCUUUUUUUCUCACUUCCCCCUGUUUGAAUCUCACAUGAACAGGCUGAAGAGUGCAGUUGAAAAGGCUAUGAUCUCCUGUAGGAAGAUAGCAGAGUCCAGUCACCGAGUCCAGUUUUACAUCAGCCGCCUGAUGGAGGCUUUGGGAGAGUUCAGGGGGACUAUCUGGAACUUAUAUUCUGUUCCAAGGAUAGCAGAACCCGUAUGGCUUACCAUGAUGUCCAGCACUUUGGAAAAAACCCAGCUCUGCCAGCGCUUUCUCAAGGAGUUUACUCUUCUGAUAGAACAGAUCAACAAAAACCAGUUUUUUGCUGCCUUACUGACUGCAGUGCUAACCUACCACCUGGCCUGGGUCCCGACCGUCAUGCCUGUUGACCACCCUCCCAUUAAAGCCUUCUCAGAGAAACGCACCUCCCAGUCAGUGAACAUGCUGGCCAAAACACACCCGUACAAUCCUCUCUGGGCGCAGCUGGGUGAUCUGUACGGAGCCAUAGGCUCUCCAGUGCGGCUGACUCGCACCGUGGUGGUGGGGAAGCAGAAGGAUUUGGUCCAGCGCAUACUUUAUGUCCUGACUUACUUUCUGCGUUGCUCUGAGCUACAAGAGAACCAGCUCACCUGGAGUGGGAAUCAUGGCGAAGGCGACCAGGUGUUAAAUGGGAGCAAGAUCACGACAGCCCUGGAGAAAGGCGAGGUGGAGGAGUCUGAGUAUGUGGUCGUCACGGUGAGAAAUGAGCCUGCUCUCAUACCCCCCGUCCUGCCAUUCAUGAUCGAGAGAAGGAACCCCGGGCCCAUGGGCUCGGCUGGCACCCCAGAGGGCACUGCCAUUACAGACCUGUGUCCCAGUCUGGACAAAGAGGAAAGCAGGAGGCCAGAGCAGAGCUCCGAGGCCUGUAGCAUGGGGUUCCAGGAGCCAGCUUUGGGCAGCUCUUGGCAGCAUCAAGGCACGUUUUGUGGAGACAAAGGGUGUGAGAAGGAGGCACCGCGAGAUGGCUGUUUGAGACUGUCCAGUUCUGAGGUUCUGGGGGCAGGAUUGGAAGUCAGCCAACAGACUGUCCAUGAGGAGUUGAAAGGGGAGAUGUCCACGAAGCUGUCAGAGCGGUCAGCGGCCUGGCCUUGCCCCGACAGACGUGCCCGGGAGAAGGCUGCCUUAGAAAGGGUCACUUUCCAGAUUGGAAGCUCCGUAUCUCCAGAGUCCGACCUUGAAGGUCGCGCACAGAAGAUGGAGGAGCAGCUAAAGGCCUGUAGACAGUGUCCAGAGUUGGCUGGUAGUCCCUGGGCUCAACCCAGGGCGACCGCUGACGUGGCUCAGGAUCAGCACGUUUCUGGGUGCUCCUUUAAGCCUGGCUUUCGAAAGAAUACCUGCUGUCCUCAGAAUCAGUCUUCUGAGCGGGACAAAGACAGACUUGACAGGUGUUUUGCUGAGGACAGAGGCAUCAGAACUAACGUGGUGGCGGGUGUUGCUGGUCAGCUCAGCCAGUCUGCCGACUCGUCUGUGUCCUCUGACGCCGCUGCCGGAACCGGAGAGAGCACAUUGGAGAAAACUAAAGGUUUGUGUUUGAACGAUGCGGAAGGACCUUUGUUGGAGCCUGUUCCAAACAGGUGUGUACAGCAGGACUCUGGCUUCUCUGUCGCUGCAGAUGUCCCCUGUGGGGACGCCGACAGGAAGGUGGACUUCAGAAUGGAAGGAGACAUUCCCAGAAACGAAAGCUCAGAUAGCGCUCUCGGAGACAGUGAUGAUGACACCUGUGCUUCGGCCGCGCCGAGUCUAGGUCACCGCAGUGACAGGACUGAGGAGUCCUUGGAGGUGGAGCUGCCUCUGCCAAGGUCUCAGAGCUUCAGCAACCAGAGUGUAAGAAACUUCGGCCGGUCACUUUUGGCAGGCUACUGCCCCACGUACAUGCCUGAUCUGGUGCUUCAUGGAACCAGCAACGAUGAGAAGCUGAAGCAGUGUCUCAUGGCCGAUCUUCUACACACGGUACAUCACCCAGUGCUUGAUGAGCCGAUAGCUGAAGCCGUGUGCAUUGUCGCAGACACAGAGAAGUGGAGUGUGCAGGUAGUGACCAGCCAGAGGAAGGUGGCGGACGGCGUGAAACUGGGCCAAGAUGUCUUGGUAUCAAGUCAGGUGUCCAGCUUACUUCAGGCAAUUUUGCAGCUUUACAAGCUUCACUUCCCUGCUGAUUUUUGCGUCAUGCAUCUGGAAGACAGACUACAGGAGAUGUACUUUAAAAGUAAAAUGCUGUCCGAAUAUCUUCGGGGACACACACGAGUCCAUGUGAAAGAAUUAGGUGUUGUACUGGGGAUUGAGUCUAACGACCUGCCUCUGUUGACUGCUAUUGCCAGUACUCAUUCUCCAUAUGUGGCUCAAAUACUCUUAUAAAGCUCAGGACAGUUCUUCCUUGGAAGAAAAAAAAUCAAAUUCUCAGCUGAAAGAGAAAGAAAGAAGCUCUCUGUGUGAUAUCAGCAGCUUAAGAAGAGCAAGCAGAAACCAUCAUUCCACCAUUUUUGUUUUUGUUUUUGUUUUUGUUUUUUUGCUUUCAAGCGAUGCUUCAUUGGAAGACUUUAGGUUUACUUGACUUAAUGGCAUUUGUGUUUUUCAUGAACACCUUCGGCCCUUUGUUACCCAUGAAUCAACAGAGAGAGUGACCUUUUUUGGUCGGAGGAAAAAUAAACACUACAGUGAACAGGAAGCUGUUGGUACAGAUUGCUCUGUGCUGUUUGCACAGAAUAAGGACAAGUGAUAUGGGCUUGUUCACAUUUUUGGUAACUUUGGAGCAGCAAGAUAAACUACGUGCACAUCAUUCCAGUAGGAAAAUGUUUCCAAGUUUAAGCAUGAGCUCUUCAAGCUGGAGAAAGCAUAUUUUGCUAUUCCGAGAAGACCGCUGGAACAAGAACUUCAGAUGCAAAGUCGGAGUUUGCAUUUUACAACAGGCAAAAUGAGGGAAGCCACAGUGUGCCGUCUUUAGCUCUGGUGGCUGUAGGUGCUACUGUGUGACAUAAAACUUGGAAGAGGUUUGCCUGUUGGUAAGAGAGUGCUUUAGGGACUCAUUGUUUUCAUUUCUUCUUGGAGUUUACAUUGUUGCAGAUACAGCCACAGGUAGGGGAGGGGUGGAUUAGUGGUACAGGGUCUUCACAGUAAACCCGAGAGGCAGUGUAGCAUCUUCAUCCCACCAUGGUGGAGUCUCUAGCAGCGGAGGGCGUGGUCUGACACCAGGUGUUUUAUCUUGGACUUGAGAGCUUUCAGCAGCCUUUAAGAGAGGCCAUUUACCAAAGUUAUUUCUGUAAGAGUGUUUCUGUUGGUAAAUUCUUCCAGCCGAAGCCACUUUCUUCCUAUGAUAGUUAAUGCAAAUGACUAUUUAUACUUUAAAAGGCACAGCUGUCCUAGUGGGAAAUGAAACCUACAAGAGUUCAGGAUGACUAAUGAAAGUAAUUAGUUUGAACAUUAAAAGUGAUCCAUUUAUGAUCUCAAUUUUUACAUUAUUAUCUUUGUGCCUUCUAAUUCCUACAGUAAAAAAACACCUUUCUAGAAGUUAACUUACCCAUCAUACAAAACCUGCCAAAAUGAAAAAUUGUUUAUUCAUUAGUAUAGUUCACUUAAAAAAAAUUUUUUUUCUGUUACUGUAAAAGAAAUCUUACUUAGUUUACUGCCCAUGGAACAGACUAUGUGCUGACAUACAGAGUAAAAUAAAAGAAUAAAAAAAAUAAAGCAUUAAAAGAGAGGAGUUAAUCUAGUGAAGUAAAAACACUGUUAACACUUAGCAGAUCUGAGUGCGGUUAAUUAUAACCAGGCUCUGGCUUCCUUUCACUGUUUGUGCUGAAUUAAUUCCAGGCCUUUCCAUUUAUUCUUCAUACUUAAGAAGAUGAAGUAACCUCCCUCCUAGGAGGUAGAGUGACUUCACACUUUCCGUAUGGUAAAAUCCUGAUCCUAAAUACAAGUUCUGCCCAUGUGUCUCUUUUCUUCUUGGAUGAAGUCUUUCUAGGGACAGGUCAGAACUGCUGCCUUUCCCUCUCUCUCUCCAUGAGGGAAAAUGUCAGUGGGUGCAUUAAGGCUCUUGUGUCUUUAAUUUUCAGGUUAUGUCUUGUCUUUCAUAAAAUUGAGGUUUUCCAUUCUUUUAAUAUUUUUGUAUUUCCAUUACCCUAACAUUUGAGUUUGGUGUUUUAAAUUCUCUAAUUCCAUGUCAUCAUUGUUUGCAGACAGAGAAUGAACCUCAACUGUGGCUCAGCCCACUCUGUUGGUUUUUCAUUCCGUGUGAAUAUAUUGUGAUAGCUGAUGGUACAUCUUUUACAUCUGUACCAGUUCAAAGCAUUCCCCUGAUUUCUGGUUCCCUUUGCUUGUUUACAUGUUUUGGGCACUUUUCCUCAUUCACCACCUUUCAGGGUUUCAUAGACAAUAACUCAAUACAAAGUCAGUUCAAUUAUAAUGUGAACUUAGUGGCGUGUUGAAAUUUACCCCAUCUAGGGGGAAAUUGAGCUUUAAGUGACUGAUUAUAAACUCUACAUGUGAAAGACUUAGCCCAGUCCCCCCGAAGCCUGAGCAGUUUUAAUUUGCUUCUUAGUUUAAUGUUCCACACCUCUCUCUUGGAGAAUGUCUGCUGGAAAACUGCGGGUGGGUUAUAUGUGGGGGCUGUCUCAGUGACGCUCAGAAUUCCAGUCAGUGCUUAAUCCUCGGAUCUGUUGCCUGCAGAAACAGAGAAUGUUGCUGCUCUUUUAUGAUCCUCUUUACAUAACAUUCAAAUUUUGUCUUAAAUUCAGCUUCUUUCCAAAAGUGAAAAUGAAAAAAAAAAAAAAAAAA